CAGAAACUUCGCGGCUUCAAGUAUGCAACAAGAUGAGGACCCAGCUGACGUGUGUGAUGGCGAGGAAGAUGGGUGUGCUAGUGCAUUAAGCCGAAGAGUGCAAGCUGUUGCACCGAAAAGGCGUUGCCGUUGGGCAAAAGCUGGCAUGAAGAGAAAGAAGCAACUGGGGAAACGAGACACCGCUGGAGGGCGAGCUGUGUCUGCUCUACACAGACUGAACAAAAAGCGCCAGAAGGAGGAAGAGAAUACUCUUCGAGUGGAUUUUGAUUUCGCAAACGGGGACCCAGCUGCAGACCUAAUGCUUUUAUGGUUGAUUAUAGAAGACUUUAGUUGUUGUUUGAUGUUGUUGGACAUGUUUGAUAAACGUAGCUCAUUCUCCUGUGUGAUUAUUAUUCACGAUUAACAUUGUGCCUCCCUUAUUUUAUGAACUUCGAGUAGUACUACUACUAGCUCCUCCCUUUUUUAUGUUGUUCUAGCUACAAUAGCUUUGAUUUUCAUGAUCUGCGGACAACGAGAUUGAAAAGGAGAUGCUGGGAUCACCAGCGAAGAACGAUAAAACCAGCACAGCCACAGCCGCAAAGGGAGGGCGAGGAGCUUCGUCUUCUUCUUCCUCUCGCGGAUGCAGACCACGUGAACAAGGUUCCAGGAGUCCUUCUAUCCUUGGUAUAAUCAUGGAAGACGACCCUUUUCAUGAUUGUGUGGAGGCAGUUCCUCGAGUUGUAGGAGAUUCUGCUGAUCUUGUCGAUGAUGAUGGCGACUUCUUUUUCUCUGAUGAAGAGGAUGAUCUUCUUGCAGACGAAGAUCCGGAAAUCAGAUGGAAGCAACGCUUACAGCGACGAAAGAAAAAACAACAAGCAAAAAAGCGAGCAGCUGGAGCAGGGUCAAAAGGCAACGCCAACAGGUCAGAGCCGCAAGCCUCUUCAUCUACAUCCUCCAACUUGCGUCGUAUGACAAGGACAACGACGACGACGGAUCGCGCUGCAUCGUCAACAUCUUCA